AUGGCACUGGCUACAGACUGGCCAGUGCAGCAAUGGGUCGGCCUAGACAAGCACCCUGGGCUGCGGCCAGAAGGCGAAGAGAAGAAAUUAUCUGGAACAUCAGAAAACAGAAAGGAAGACGAUGAUUCCGAUAUUCUUGAUGACUCGGUGGCCUCGAUUGAUGACAGCAUAUCCCAGAUUAGUGUUGAGCCACCACCCUUACCGCCGGCACCAACGGGCGAGCUGACGCUUUCUUUCAUUUUUUCACAUGGUCUAUCAUGGAAACGUCGAGCCCUUCUAUUCACAGCUGUGGUUGCCAUCAAUAUCGGCUUACCUUUCAUUAAUGGUCUGAUGCUGGGCUUUGGCGAAAUUUUCGCGCGUGCCUUCAUUGCACCAUACAUUGGACUUGCACCCCCUUUACCCACCAACCGGUACUCUGCAUCACCUGCUGAUGUUCCUGCGCUACCUAUCUCUCGAUGGGCUGGCAUCCGCUCUUCCCUGUCACGCCUGUUUUCCUUUGCAUAA